GUGAAGUCACCCUGGUUUCCCUUCUUUUUCCACCUGCCCAACCAGCUGCCCCUUGGAGGAUCGUAAUAACGCCACAGGACUGAGAGCCAGCCCAAAGCCUUUGGCAACAGUGACUCCUCCCUUCCCCUUUAGCUCCUCCCCUCUGCACUCAUCCUGGAGUUAUUGUAGUCAACUUCCCCACCACCACCACCAAGCUCUUCCGAACAGUCACAGAGUUUCCUGGAUCACAGCAAGAGGGCUCUGUGCUCUCUUGCCGCAGCCUCCUUUCUCUUCUGGAGCAAAACUCAGAAGGGCAGUAAUCCAAAACCAAAAACUUGGAUUUGUAUGCUGAGAACUUGCAUUUUACUUGUUGGGGCAAGUAGCAGAGGGCUGUGGUGGCCUUCAGAGAGGUAAUAGGCUGAGAGAGGGCUUAAAAGCACAAGAUGGGUGACUGGGGCUUCCUGGAGAAGUUACUGGACCAAGUGCAGGAGCACUCGACGGUCAUCGGCAAAAUCUGGUUGACAGUCCUCUUCAUCUUCCGCAUCUUGAUCCUGGGCCUCGCCGGGGAGUCCGUGUGGGGAGAUGAGCAGUCAGACUUUGUCUGCAACACCAAGCAGCCCGGCUGCCCCAACGUCUGCUAUGACAAGGCUUUCCCCAUUUCCCACGUCCGUUACUGGGUCCUGCAGUUCCUCUUUGUCAGCACACCCACCUUGGUCUACCUGGGGCACGUCAUCUAUCUCUCCCGGCUUGAGGUGAAGCUGAAGGAGCGGGAGAGUGAGCUCCGGGCUCUGCAGUCUAAGGAUUACAAGGUGACAGCCAUGCUGGUGGCGGUGGAGAAGAAGAUGGCCAAGAUCUGCGUGGCGGAGGAUGGGAGGAUUAAAAUCCGCGGGCCUCUGAUGUGGACCUACACCAUUAGUGUGGUCUUCAAGAGCAUCUUUGAGGCUGGCUUCCUCCUUGGCCAGUGGUACCUAUAUGGUUUUGUAAUGCAUGCCCGCUAUGUCUGUCAGGGGGACCCGUGCCCACACCAUGUGGACUGCUUUAUGUCCCGCCCCACUGAAAAAACUAUCUUCAUCCUCUUCAUGCUGGUGGUGGGCUUGAUCUCCCUCGUUCUCAACCUUCUGGAGCUAUUCCACCUCUGCUGCAAGAGCCUGCUGCACAACACCAAGGAAAGAGACUUCUGUUCCCCCUCCUCUGCUCCUCCCAUGCCCUGUGAGGCCAACAGCUUCCCCAACAAGCUUUGCGGUGUGCCUGAGGAGGCUUAUGCCGACAAGGCUUUCUUCUACCUCCCAAUGAAUGAGAGGCCUUCUCCGCCCUACCAGGCAUACAACAAACUUUCCAGUGAGCAGAACUGGGCCAACUUCAACACAGAAGAAACCUUGGCCUUGCAAGGCAGGAAUAAGCCCCCUGACGUCUUUACCACGGAAGCCCCCAUAGUCCAUCUCUCCCAGGAAAGGCAGUCGAGCCGGCCUAGCAGCAGUGCUUCCAAGAAGCAAUAUGUCUAGCAAACAAAGCAACCAUUACAGAAGAUGGAUGUUGUCUUCCUUUGAGGCAACUCUGGGUUUACUCAGCUAAUUAGCCUUCCUGAUAAUGGAUGGCUCCCUUCCGAUUUUGACAAAAGUGGCCAUGUCUCAAAUGUUCUUCUCAGGGGCCGCCUUGUUUUCUACCAUGUGAAACCUGCUGUACCAAGUAGGGCUAUCCUGGCUUUCGUAUAGACAUAAACUGAACCUUCCAGGUAGAGUCUACCAUGGGACAUCUUCUGGGCCAAUGAAAUGGCUGCUUCACAGACAUUCAGUCAUCCAAGUGUCAGAGGGUGACUAGUUGAUUGGGGAGGGGCAUUUGUUGGUCUUCUUUUUGUGUUAGGCCUUGCAGGUGAGGACGGGUAGCAGCAACCACCUGAGGAGGAGGAACGGGCACCUCUAUCAGCUUGGCACUAUGCAGGAGUUGGCCUUGCUUUCUGGAAGAUGAUUUGUAUCCUAGUGCAGAAAACACAGAGGAAAGUGUUUUUGUUUUCAGUGGGAAGAAACUUACUGUUGUGGCUUCUAUUCCCAGAUAGCAACAUGGUGACGUUGUAUGACAUUCAUAUAUCAUUUUUUCUUUCCUUUUCUGUACAACUCCCUGGUUUACAGGAAGUCUGAGUAGGAUAGCAAAACUGCGAGCCAUAUACAGUCAUGUUGGACUAAAAACAGAGUUCCUGUCACAUGCGGGCAUUUUAGGGAAUAUCGGCUACUGCCGAAGUAAGCUUGUCAAGCAGGCCUCCUCGCUGAUAGAGUUUGGUUGGUGUGGCUUAAGUACUUUUCAGUUAUUUCUUGCAUGUUGUGCUCCUUGAUGGCAACUGUCACUGGAAACUGUCCCUGAAGGCUUUGUGCCACAUUACAGAGUUCACCUUCACUGUAUAAUGUAACCACUAGCACUUGAUCUGAAAAAGACUUUUGCACUUCCAACUUAAUAGCUUUUUUGCUGGCUUGGGCUGAUGGGAGGUGGAGUCUAAUAAUAUCCAGAGAGCACUACAUUAGCCAUCCCUGCCAAAGACAAACCUAAAGAAGGUUUUAGUUAAUUUGUUCACCAAUUCAUCAAAACUGUCUCCUGAUCAUUUUCUGAAGUGUCAUUUUUUUUCAUCAAAAGCAAGACUGUGGUCCACUGGGCUGUCAAGAAACUGGUGGCAUGUCUGUGGCUGUUAACUUUUGUUUGAUGUACAUUCCAAUGCAUAUAGGGCCCCCUCCCUGCCCUACUGGAUAACAGUUGGUCCUCUUGGAUUCAGUGUCUGUUCCCCUGCUUAACCCCACUAUGUAGAAUGAUGCGUUAAGUCAUAAAACACUGUUUACUAUUCUCUUUUUAAGAUGUCAGAUGUUUUAUAUAUGUAUCUUUAAGUAUGGCUGUAUUGCCCAAUCUCUAUCCUGGAUUCUUUGUUUUGCUGUCCUGUCCCUUCUGUUAAUUUAUUACAAUCUUAAAUCCUGUAUAGUCUGAAAAGGCAAGCUGGAUCUUCUGCAUCUGUUGCUGAGGCAGUGUCCAAAAGUUAAAAGUAGGAAUCUCACCUGAAUCUCACAGAAGGAUAUGCCUGUUGAGCUGCCUUGGGAAGAGGUCUUUAUCCAUUUCUGAACUAAGACAAAGGGCAGGGGUGUCUUAAAAUGUUUAUCUGCAGCAACUUCUUGCAUAGAAGUGUUGGCUUCAAUAAGAAUAUGGCAGCUCCCUCUUUGUAGCGUCCAACAUCCCAACCAACAGGAUGUUGGGCAACCUGAUUUUUCUUGGUCUCCAGUGAACUGUUCUUACUAAAGCUGUGAAAAGGAGAUCUGUAUCUGUCGGUUUGAUGUCAACCAGCAUGUAAUAUGGAGAGCUUACUUCCCCACUGCCAAACUGGCCAAAGUUGAAUGAACAGCAAGGGCGCAAGUAGAAAAUUUGGGAAUACAUUUAGUAGUAUUAAAAGUGGUUUGUUUGUUGUUGUUUUUCAAAUUAAAAGAAAAACAUGAGACCA